GAGAGGCCGCGCGUCUCCGCCUCCCCCCCGAGGGCGGCGCCUCACCUCGGCGCAGACCCCCUCGCGCUGCUCCAGCUGCAGGCCCGCUGCCACUGGGCCUCGUCGCCGCCGCACGCCCCGUCCGCCCCACGGCUGCCCCACCCCUCGGCGCCUCCUCCCCCUCCCCCUCCCCCUCCCCCUCCUCCGCCGCCGCCGCCUCCUCCGCGGCCACCUCCACCUCCGCCUCCGCCGCCGCGGCUGAUUGGCUCGCCGCUCUCGCCGACCGCCUCGCUCGGCCUGCGCGGCGACGGCCUCGCCUCUCCCGACCGGCGCUGGAUCGGCCGCAUCGACGGCGAGUACUGCAGCUCGGCGAGGGCCGGCAGCACCUCAGCGCCGCCCGGCCCGGACGCGGUGGUGGCGAGGCCGGCGGCGAUGUCGAAGUGCGUGUACUUGAAGCCGGAGUGGGAGCGGCGCCACGUCGAUGAAGGGCAGGUCGUGGCUCUCCACCU